UCCAACAGCAGGCUGCUCCCUCCCCGCAGUAACUCAACUACCGAGCUGUCAAUAAACCAACUUUACUUUCAACUGGUUUCAAGUAGAAACAGGAACAUUCAUCGAUCUGGUACUUGGACUUUUGUGGGAUACGGGCUAUUUUUUUUCGCUGCGUGAAUCGAAGAGGAAUGAUCAAUAAUUGUGAUCGGCUAACCUGCCGUGUGGCCAGCUAGGGUUUCUACAGUUUCUUCAACCUUAACGGGGCCGACACCUAUUUCUGUUUUUUAUUUAACUUAAUACUUACAGGCAUCCGCGUGUCGAACCUGUUCGGUUGGACAGCCUGGUGCGUCCUCGGCGUCCUGCCAUGGCCGACUGCAGCACUUUAGGGACAGCUCAGAGUUUCUUGGUGGAUUCUUCCAUUUAUGACUCCAGGAUUGUUGAAACCACCAAGGACCCAGCCUUUCUGGGCAUGGCAUGUGAAGAUGGGGAAGAUAUCCUGCCAAACGUGGAGACGAGGAUUGUUUUGGUGGGAGAAGCCAGCAGAAAUGAAGCCCUGGUCAAAGCUUUGCAGGCCGUCACAGUCAUGGAGGUUCCUGUGGUAAAGAUAAGAGAAGGAGAGGCGGGUCCAGAGGAGAAAAUGAUGAUAAAAUCUGUAGUAAACAUGGACAUCAGCAUGCCGUUUGUGAUGACGGAUCAUGUCCGGGAGUUUGGAGACGGAGAAAACGCUGAUGUUGAGACGGUGUUUGUCCUCCCAGACUUCAACUCCCCCGACUACAACUACCUGUACAAGAGGGACAACCGCAUCGUCGGGCCUCCUCUGGUCCUGCACUGUGCUGCCAAGGAAGAGCCGCUGCAGUUCUCGUGUCGGCCUCUUUACUGCACCACCAUGCUCAACCUGACGCUGUGUUUCACCGGCUUCAGAAACAAAGAGGAAAUGAAGAAGUUGGUGAAUCUGGUUCAUCACAUGGGCGGGACGAUCCGCAAAGACUUCAGCACCAAAGUGACUCACCUCAUCGCAUACUCCACUCGUGGGGAGAAGUACCGGCUGGCCGUCUGUAUGGGCACUCCCAUUCUCACCCCGGUAUGGAUACAGAAGGCUUGGGAAAGAAGAGAUGAUGUGGACUUCCAUGCAAACGAAGAGGAGUUUCGAGCAGAGUUCAAAGUUCCCCCAUUCCAAGACUGCGUUCUCAGUUUCUGGGGUUUUUCUGAGGAAGAGAAGGCAAACAUGGAGGAGAGGACUCUUAAACACGGUGGCAGAUAUCUGGAGGUUGGAGAUGGGAGCUGCACACACCUGGUGGUGGAGGACAACUUGGUCAUGGACGUGCCCGUCUGUUCCUCACAGAAACUCUUUGUGGUUAAACAGGAGUGGUUCUGGGGAAGCAUUCAGAUGGAUGCUCGGGCCGGAGAGUCCAUGUACCUGUAUGAAAAGACUGACAGCCCGGCCAUGAAGAAGGCGGUGUCCCUGCUGUCCCUCACCACCCCGACCAGCAACCGCAAGCGUCGGCGUCUGCGGGACACGCUGGCUCAGCUCACCAAGGAGACGGAGAUCUCCCCCUUCCCUCCGCCACGCAAGAGGCCGUCGGCAGAGCACUCCCUCUCCAUCGGCUCCCUGCUGGACAUCUCCAACACCCCCGAGAGCUGCAAGGCUCUGACGGAAGACGGUCUGAGGGACAGUACUAUAACCAGGAAUAGGACUAGACGGAGAAAGACGACAGAGAAGAGAAUUAGGACAGACAGGGAAGAGAAAAGGAAAAGGUCCUGUUUGAGUGCAAACACUCGGCACCCAGAUGGAGAGAAGCAGCGAGGAGCGUCUGCAGAGAGCUCAAAGGCGUCCAGGAGUUCAGCUGCAGCUGCUGCCAAGCAGUCUGCCCGCUGGCAGGUCUCCAAGGAGCUGUACCAGACGGAGAGCAACUACGUGGACAUCUUAAGCACCGUCCUGCAGCUUUUCAAGCAUCCACUGGAAAAAGAGGGGCAAGUCGGGGGUCCCAUUUUGGCCCAGGAAGAGAUUAAGACUAUUUUUGGCAGCAUCCCUGAGAUCCAUGAUGUUCACGUGAGAAUUAAGAACGAUCUGGAGGAGCUGCUCACAGACUGGUCAGAAAGCAGGAGCGUUGGAAACGUCUUUCUCAAAUACUCCAGAGAGCUGGUGAAAGCCUAUCCCCCGUUUGUCAACUUUUUCGAAAUGAGCAAGGAGACGAUUGUUCGAUGUGAGAAACAGAAGCCGCGCUUCCACGCGUUCCUUAAGAUCAACCAGGCCAAGCCCGAGUGUGGCCGGCAGACGCUGGCGGAGCUGCUGAUCCGGCCGGUGCAGAGGCUGCCGAGCGUGGCCCUCCUACUCAGCGAUAUAAAAAAGCACACUUCAGAUGACAACCCAGAUAAGAUGACACUCGAAAGUGCAAUAGAGUCUUUAAAGGAAGUCAUGACUCACAUCAACGAGGAUAAGAGGAAGACGGAGGGGCAGAAACUCAUCUUUGACGUGGUCUAUGAAGUGGAUUGCUGUCCUGCAAACCUGCUGUCCUCCCAUCGUAAUCUUGUUCAGCGAGUGGAAACCAUUGCUCUUGGAGACCAACCAUGUGACCGUGGGGAAAAUGUCACCCUCUUCCUCUUCAGUGACUGUCUGGAGAUUGCGAGGAAGCGACACAAGGUGAUCAAUACGUUUAAGAGCCCGCUGGGCCAGACGAGACCCCCGGCUCCGCUCAAACACGUGGCCCUGAUGCCGCUGUCUCAGAUCCGGAGAGUUCUGGACCUGCAGGACACUGAAGAGUGUGUGAACGCGUUUGCCCUGGUGGUCCGGCCUCCGACGGAGCAGGAGAACCUGCUGUUCAGCUUCCAGCUGCUCGGGGAGGAGACGGUUAAGAGUGCCUGGCUGCGUCUGCUCUGUCGUCACGUUGCCAACACCAUCUGCAGGGCCGACUCGGAGGACCUGAUUCAGUGCACGGACCCAGACUCUCUUCAGGUCAGCACCAAGGACAUGGACAGCACCCUGAGCAAAGCGUCCAGAGCCAUCAAGAAGACGUCUAAAAAGGUGACCCGGGCGUUUUCCUUCACUAAAACUCCCAAGCGUGUGAUCCAGAGAGCGUUCAUGGCCAGCAGCACCCCGGAGGACAAGAGGCUGAGCCGGGACAGUCGCACCGUCAGCAGCUCCACGCUGGCCGCACAUCACUCCCCCUCCAUGGUCAACCUGCCGUCCGUGUUUGAGAGAAAGUACCACACGUUCAGCCGUUCAACCACCCACCUCUUGUAGAAAGCUGCUGCUUGGAGCUUCCUCUGGUCUUUUCACUGCAUUUGCCUGGACGUCUCCAGACGAGACUGAACCUGACCGAUCCGUGUGCAGUGAUGGUCCAGGAGGACGGAACCAACCUGUUUACCAAAGUCAGACUUUGACUUUGACAUGCCGGACUUGUGGAUCCAGUAGCUGUUUAGCACUAACUGGAAGAACCUAUUGGCAGAUGGGACGUACUGAUAUUUGUAAAUAUCAGAGGAUGGAAACAACAAACCAGUUGUUUGUCAUCCUGAAACCUGUCAACAGAAUAAGACAGCAUCUUUCACAUCGAGGGUGUUGCACCUUUCCAGCCGGGCCGGGUCCUGGACUCCAGCCCGUUACUGGACUGGGCCGAGCCGAGCCCGGCUGGGCUAGCAGCUCAGGCUAGCAGCUCAGGCUAGCCCGGCUCUGCUGGCCAUGGUGACGUUUGUCUUGCAUGUGAAAAAAAUGAAGGAUACAGUUUGUUAACGGCUUAUUUUGACGAAGCCAAUUUGUGUUGAUGUGCUUUAUGGACGUUCAGCUUGUGUUCAAACCUCCCCGUUGAUCCGGCCCGUUUGUCCCGGCAUUGGCCCAGCGACCCGGCGACUUCACGUCCCGUCUGUUCAAACCCAACGUUGCUAACGAACAUUCACCUUUCUCCUUAGCAGAGUAAUAUUGUUAACCUUGUGCUUCUGACGGUAAAGUUAGCGGGUUCCUCUCCCUUUUACUUUGAUAUCUUGCUUCUUUUUUUUUUAAUUAACUGCGGGUGAGAAAUCUUUAUAUUAAUUGACAUGGAACUGCUUUGUGUGAUUUAUUUUGUAUUAUUUUGAUUUAAUUCUGUUAACAUCAAUUUUUAAUGUAAAAUUUCCAGCUUUUAUAAAGCUAUUUUAACACUCGGCCGUUACAAUAAAAGCAUAUAUUUCUCUCCCUCCCUGCACACCACUACACGAUAAAGACGAUACAUGGUCAGUCUGCGGUGUUUGUACGUGUUUAAAGGGAUGCCGUGUAGCUAUUUAUUCUUUAACGCGUGAUUUUUUAAAAAUUUUUAUAUUUUCUAUACAUGUUCCUUCAACUUUUGUGUUAUUUCUUUGGUGCUCUUGCUACUGUUUAGGGUAUCUAGUUAUCUCCUUAUUAAAUGCACUUAAACAGA